UUGGUGCGAGCCCGGCGGCUGCCUGGGAGCCUUUUGGGGAGGGCGCCCAGCAAUCCCGCCCGCCCGCCCGCCCGCCUCCUCCUCCUCCUCCUCCUCUUCCUCCUCCUCCUCCUCCUCCCCAUCUGGGCAGCCCCAGGAUGAGGCUUGCAAACUUGGGGCUUCGCAAAGGCUGCAAAGAGAGACGGGGCCGCGGCGGGAGCUGCAUUUGGAGUUGCUGCUGCUGCUGCUGCAAAGGACAGACAUCUUAGGGAGGAGGGAGGGGGGGCGAGAGGCGUCCGAGGCGAGAUUUCCGGCAACCCCCCCCCCCCCUCGUUUGGAUUUACAAACACGCGCCCCCAGGCCGGCGGGGACGGCAGGCGGAGGAGCCGGAGGCGCCCCCUGAACUGAGCCGGAGGAGAUUAUGCGCUGCAAACCUAGAUUUGGAUAGCUUUCGCUUUGCUUUUUGGGAGGCUGCUUCUAUUAUUGUUAUUAUUAUUUUUGCAGCGAGGUGUCUUUUUUUGCAACCUCCCGAGAGUCUUUUCCGUUCACUUUUUUGCUGCCCUUCCGUGCGCAAAAGAGAGAGAGGAAAAAAAGAGAGAAAUUCAAUUUCUUGAAGGGGGGGGGAGAGAAGAAGAAGAAGGAUUAAUAGUUGCAAGCGGCGAGGAAGUCAGAAGCGGCUGGUCUUUGCAACGAGGCGCAGCAUGAGGAAGCCAGCAUGCGCAUAAUGUGGACAAACGCUGGGAUUCUUUAGGGCUUUGCAUCACAGAACUGAGGGGGAUUCACACCGAGAGAGUCUGGACCCCAGACCCCUCGCAGGGCUUCGCAAGCAAUGUCUGGAUCUACUCAACCUGUGGCUCAGAGCUGGCGGCCAACUGAAGCUCGGUACCCACCCCACGCCAUGUCCUACCCAAUAGCAAUAACUCAGCCUCACAUGGAUGUUGGACUCUUGGAAUACCAGCACCAUGCCCGAGAUUAUCCCUCCCACCUUCCACCUGGGUCUAUUUUGCAGCCGCAGCGGAGGAGGCCGUCCUUAUUGUCAGAAUUCCAACCAGGAAAUGAGAGGUCUCAGGAGCUGCACGCCAGAGUUGAAGCACACGCCUACCUAUCCGACCUGAGCAAACAGUCAGAAAUGGAGUUCCUCGAAACCAAACGCCCCCGGCUGGAGCUGCUGCAGGACCCCCUGAUGAGGCAUUCUCCUCUCCUCAGUCAGAGCCAGCAGGGAGGGACGGAGGAUCUCUCAAAGGUAAGUCAAGGGGCCAGUCUGAGCCAGGGGCAGCAACAGCUGGAGGAGGAAGCGGCGAAGCCCCUGGAGCCGGAGAAACCGAUCUCGCCGCCGCCGAUCGAGUCCAAGCAUCGCAGCCUGGUCCAGAUCAUCUAUGACGAGAACCGGAAAAAAAAAAACUGAGGCGCUCCUGGGAUCUUGGAGACUCUGGGACCUCAGGUGGAGCUGCCUCUAUACAACCAGCCGUCUGACACCAGGCAGUACCAUGAAAACAUUAAAAUAAACCAGGCAAUGCGGAAAAAGCUGAUUUUAUACUUUAAGAGGAGAAAUCAUGCUCGUAAACAGUGGGAGCAGAAAUUCUGCCAGCGCUACGACCAGCUGAUGGAAGCCUGGGAGAAGAAAGUCGAAAGGUGAUCGGUGAACAACCCUCGGCGCCGAGCCAAGGAGAGCAAAGUGCGCGAAUACUAUGAGAAGCAGUUCCCGGAGGAUCCAGCUUGUGCGGAGAUCGCAGGAGCAUAUCGCAGAGGUUACAGGGUGGGACAGAGGGGCAGCGGCCUCUCCAUGUCUGCGGCGCGCAGCGAACACGAGGUGUCAGAAAUUAUUGAUGGGCUGUCGGAACAAGAGAAUCUGGAGAGACAGAUGCGUCAGCUGGCCGUCAUCCCCCCCAUGCUGUAUGAUGCCGAGCAGCAGCGCAUCAAGUUCAUCAACAUGAACGGCCUCAUGGACGACCCCAUGAAGGUCUACAAAGACCGGCAAGUGAUGAACAUGUGGAGCGAGCAGGAAAAGGAAACCUUUCGAGAAAAGUUCAUGCAGCAUCCAAAGAACUUUGGCCUCAUCGCUUCCUUCCUAGACAGGAAAACUGUGGCGGACUGCGUCCUCUACUAUUACCUGACCAAAAAGAAUGAGAAUUACAAGAACCUGGUGAGGAGGAAUUACCGGCGGCGUGGCAAGAACCAGCAGCAGCAGCAACAGAUGCCCCGUAGCAGCCAGGAUGAAAAAGAUGAAAAAGAGAAGGAGAAAGACAUGGAGAAGGAAGAAGAUAAGCCAGAAGUUGAAAAUGACAAAGAGGAACUGAUAAAGGAGAAGAACGACGAUACCUCCGGCGAGGAUAAUGACGAGAAAGAAGCCGUGGCGUCCAAAGGGCGCAAAACCGCCAACAGCCAGGGCCGCCGCAAAGGCCGCAUCACCCGCUCAAUGGCCAGCGAGGCCAACCACGAAGAAGUGGCGGCUCCCCAACAGAGUGCAGAGCUGGCCUCUCUGGAGAUGAAUGAAAGUUCUCGUUGGACGGAGGAGGAAAUGGAGACUGCCAAAAAAGGUCUUCUUGAACAUGGACGCAACUGGUCAGCUAUUGCCAGAAUGGUGGGAUCUAAAAGUGUUUCACAAUGCAAAAACUUCUAUUUCAACUACAAGAAAAGACAGAACCUGGAUGAAAUCCUACAGCAGCACAAACUGAAAAUGGUAAAGAAGCCGAUGCAUUUCACCUCCCUUCCAGAGGGACAGAAGCUGAGCGGAGAGCCCUCGAUCACGACUUGCUGGCCAUCGGUCCAUCCCUACCAAGGGACAUCACGGGACGUGAUCAGAACCUCUCCACAUGCUGAGCCUCACGUAUUCCAGUAUAACCCCCCAGGUCACCCCGUCCCCUUGAAUGUGCGUGAAAGUUCGCGGCCCGGACUCCAAAGAUUGUCAGCCAUCUCCAACCCUCCCCCUCUCAUUUCUACCAAGCAUCCUUCCGUUCUUGAAAGACCCCUUGGCUCUAUUUCCCAGGGAGUGCCUCUCCAACUGCACGCUCCGUUCAGCUCCGAGCAUGCAAAAGUUCCCAUCGGCUCUAUCGCCAUGGGCCUGCCUUUGACGAUGGACCCCAAGAAGUUGGUGCCUUUCCCGAGUGUGAAACAGGAGCAGCUCUCUCCGAGAAGCCAAGCCAGUCAGCCUGAAAAUCUGGUCGUGCAGACGUCGCAGGAGGGUUCCGUCCUUCGAGGAGCGUCGCUGGGCUCACUGUCGGGAGGAAGCAUCACGAAAGGCCUCCCCAGCACACGGCCACCGCCGGAGUCUCCCAUCACCUAUCGAGGAUCCAUCACACACGGCACCCCCGCCGAAGUGCUGUACAAAGGAACCAUAACCAGGAUAAUCGGAGAAGACAGCCCCGGCCGAGCAGAGAAAGCGAGGGAGGAUGCUUUGCCGAAGGGGCAUGUCAUUUACGAAGGCAAGAAGGGACACGUCUUGACCUACGAUGGUGGCGUCACUGCUGUGCAGUGCCCCAAAGAGGAGAGCAGGAGUGCCGUAGCCCCACACGAGACCACCGGCACCAAACGGACCUACGACAUGAUGGAAGGAAGGGUCCCCCGGGGCUUGCCUGGGCGGGACCUUUCAUCCGCCAGCAUAGAAGGUCUAAUGGGCCGAGCCAUCCCGCCGGAUAGGCAUAGUCCCCUCAACUUAAAAGAACCACAUCACAUCCGGGGCUCGAUCACACAAGGAAUUCCUCGAUCCUACGUGGAGCCCCCCGAGGACUACCUCAGAAGAGAAGCCAAACAGCUCAAGAGGGAAAGCACGCCGCCAAGGGACUUCUCCGAUGCCUACAAGGUCAAGCCACACGAGAACCUCACCCCGCUGAAAAUGAAAGCAACUCACGAAGGCCUUGUUACCACUGUGAAGGAAGCGGGGAGGUCAAUCCAUGAGAUUCCCAGGGAGGAGCUGAGACGUACGCCCGACAUCGCUCUUUCAAGGACUCUGAAGGAAGGCUCUAUCACCCAGGGUACCCCGCUCAAAUACGACAGCAACGCAUCAGCAAGUGCCAAAAAGCAUGACGUCCGAUCCAUUAUCGGCAGCCCGGGGAGGACUUUUCACCCCAUGCACCCCCUGGACGUCAUGCAGGACCCGAGGACUCUGGAAAGAGCUUACGAGGAGAGUUUGAAAGGCAGGCCUAGCCCAGUGACGAACUCUGGCGGGUCCAUCACGAGGGGAGCCCCCGUGAUUGUGCCUGAGCCUGGGAAGCCCCGACACAGUCCGCUGACCUAUGAGGACCACCAGGCAGCCCACGGGGCAGCUUUUGGCAGCCACUUGCACCGCGGGUCACCUGUGUCCACCAGGGAGCCAACACCGAGGCAGCAUGAAGGGAGCAUCUCUGCCGGCAAGGCUGCGUCCCAGGACAGAAAGAUCACCCCGACCCCACGAGAAAUCGCCAGUUCCAAGUCCCCUCAUGCAACCCUGGUGGACCGCCAUCACCCUAUCUCUCCCUACGAGCACUUGCUGCGGGGAGUGAGUGGUGUGGACCUGUACAGGGGACAUAUUCCGUUGGCCUUUGAUCCUACAGCGAGGGGAAUCCCCCUGGAAGCAGCUGCUGCCUACUACCUGCCGAGACACCUUUCUCCCAGCCCGACGUACCCCCACCUGUAUCCUCCAUACCUCAUCCGGGGCUAUCCAGACACGGCUGCCAUGGAGAACAGGCAGACGAUCAUCAACGAUUACAUCACUUCGCAACAGAUGCACCACAAUGCGGCAGCCACUGCUAUGGCCCAGAGGGCGGACCUGCUGCGUGGCCUGUCCCCACGAGAACCCUCCCUGGCACUCAACUAUGCAGCAGCAGGAAUAAUCGACCUGUCUCAAGUGCCACACCUGCCGGUGCUCGUGCCUCCCACCCCUGGCGCCUCCGCUGCCUCCAUGGAUCGAAUCGCCUACAUCCACAGUGCGCCUCAGGCCUUCAGCAGCCGACACAGCAGCUCCCCGCUCUCCCCAGGAGGCCACACACACUUGACCAAACAGACAGGACCUUCGGUUUCCGAACGGGAGCAAGAACGAGAUCGGGAGCGUGAGCGUGAGCGUGAAAAAGAGCGCAAGAAGUCUGUCUUGCAAACCACAAGCACUGUGGAGCACGCCCCGAUCUGGAGGCCAGGUACAGACCAGAGCAGCGGCCGUUUGUCGACGCACUCUCACAACCACAAGCACUCCCCCGUCUCUCCCCGCACCCAGGAGAACAUCCAGCAACGCCCCAGUGUGCUGCACAACACGAACAUGAAGAUCAUGUCUUCAGAAAGCCUUACCCCAUCAGUUCUGCGAUCCUCCUCCACCACCACGUCGCCAGUCCGCUCCUCCGGCUUCUCGACCGCAUCCGCGCUGCGUGUCCCUGUCAGUGGCAUGGAUGCCUACGCACCCUUGAUGGACUCUGCCCAUGCCCAGAAGGAGGCCUCCCGGCCCCAAGACUCCAAAACAGAGCGCCCACAGGCUGACAACAACAUGUUCGCCUCAAAGCUGUCUGCUGGGACCGGCCUGGAACAGUCAUCUUCGCCCCUGAAAGCCAUGGAGCCCAGGCCGGUCCCCUCCUCUGGGCCAGGGCCUGCCCACCCGUAUAGCAGAGGACAGGGGAAAAACCCGCCGCUCCACCAUUCCCCCCUGGACCCGUCCCUGCACGCGGUGCCAGCCAGCGAGCAGCUCGGUAGAGAAAAGAGUCUGAGUAAAAGCUUUUCUGUGCAGGAACAGGAGCUCCGAGCACUCGGUAAGACCACCAUGACAGCGGCCAACUUCAUAGAUGUGAUUAUCAUGCGCCAAAUUUCUUGCGAUAAGGGGAAGCGAGAAAGAAGCUCGCUAAAUAACAACGCCGAUAGCGAUGGUUUCCACGGAAGUUACAGCCCUGACGGCAUUGAAGCAAUAAGCCCCGUGAAUUCUCCCAGCAUGCCACACGAGAAAGGGACAAAGUUGCCCCAGGAUGUGGAGAGGGGACGCGGAGAGCCCAACCUCCGGACCAAGCAGCCAGGUCCCCUCAAGUCUUCUGCCGCUGAGAUCUCUCACCUGCAGCAGCUCCAUCAGCUCCCCGAUGGUCAGCACUCACCUGGGCAGCAGAUACAGGGAUCACAAAAUGCCAAAGGAAACCAGCGAGUUGUCACCUUGGCUCAGCAUAUCAGUGAGGUGAUCACGCAAGAUUACACCCGCCACCAUCCCCAGCAGCUCAACUCCCUCAUCCAGUCGCCAGUGUACUCCUUCCCCGGAGCUCCGUGUCCUGUGCUGGACCUCCAGCGAACGUCCAGCGAAGCUUACGCCCAGCAGCUGGAGCACAUCCCAGCCUCCAGAAUCUCUCCAGAGAGUGAAGGAUCCAAGAGGUCUCCCGAGCCCCUGAAAGCGCUUGCUUCCGACAACUGCAUAGAGCCCAUCUCUCCACCAGAGGGGAUGGGAGAGCCCAACUCGUUGCAGAACGCCACGUAUCCCAUCCUAUAUCGAGAAGGGGAACAGCUGGAGCAGAGAAUGGGCUCCAAGUCCCCCGGGAACAACGUGCAGCCCCCGGCCUUCUUCAGCAAGCUGACGGAAAGCAAUUCAGCCAUGGUGAAGUCCAAGAAGCAAGAAAUGAUCAAGAAACUGAGUACCAACAGCAGGAGUGAGGUGGAAUACAAUAUUGGACAACCCGGAACAGAGAUUUUCAACCCUUGUGCACAUUGGCCACCAACUGGAACAGGGUUAAUCAGUUGUAGGAGCCAGUCGGUCCAAGAAAAUUCCAGUACCAACAUGGGGUUGGAGGCAAUUAUUAGGAAGGCCCUAAUGGGUAAAUAUGACGAGCAGUGGGACGAGCACUCUCCUCUCGGUGCCAAUGCUUUUAACCCUCUGAAUGCCAGUGCAAGCUUGCCCGCUGCUCUGCCUGUAACCGCUGCUGAUGGACGGACUGACGAGAUGCGCUCCUUGCCAGGAGGAGGGAAGCCAAAGAUUGCUGCCAGAGCCAACAGCCGCAAGGCCAAGUCCCCGGGUCCGGGCCUGUCCUCCACAGAGAGGCCGCCGUCGGUUUCGUCGGUUCACUCCGAGGGGGACUGCAACAGGAGGACGCCUCUCACCAACCGUGUCUGGGAGGACAGGCCAUCUUCUGCAGGCUCAACGCCGUUCCCGUACAACCCACUCACCAUGAGGCUUCCGACCGGCAUCGUGACGGCCCCGCCUGCCUCCGUUGCGCAAGGCAACAGCCAACACCAUGGGUGGGAGGAGGAGCCCAAACCUCUGCUUGUCUCCCAGUACGAAACUCUAUCAGACAGCGAAUGAAAGGGAGAGGAAGCAAUAUGGGAAACCCGACGGCAACAAACACAUCAAUCGGGUGGCUGCUGAGCUAACCAGGGCGUGGGGACUCUGGCCGUGGCAGGCCGUGGCUGCUCUAGGCCAAGAAACGGAACAGCACUGGUCCAGUCAGCCAUUAAUUUGUGUUACACUAGGAAAGGGUGGGGGGGGGGGCGCUGUUGGAAUCCUCUUCAUUCUAAAGCCUUAAAGGAAAAAAAUGCAGAUGGAACCCAUUCCCGUCCUCUCUCUACCAGUUCAGGGCUGACGCCAUGAGCUGUUGUGGCAAGAAAUUGAACCGGGUAAAUGCAGGAAGGGAAGGUUAUAAGCUUCCUCCAGGUUCCCUACAGGAAUACAGCCGGCCACUGGAUCUCACUUACUAACGCUCAGGGGUUCCACCAGGUCUGUCCUUCAAUUGGGUGGGAGAGAGGGGGUGUCCACUGAGAGAAGGCGGUGUGUUCUGCUUGCAAAGCCCUCUGGAGGAUGCUUCCCGCAUGUGCCCGACACGUUCCCGGCGCGUCAUUUUAGCGUGCGCUUUUGUGGCCUUGAAACAGGCCGAUACUUGAAACGGAAUCCGAGCGCCCCUUCCUUAGCUGUUGUGUUUCACCGUGAGGGCUGCACCGGUGGAAUUGCGUGAUGGGAGCAUGGGGGGGGGGGAAAUAAUCCACAGCGGAGACUCCCCAGUGCAAAAGUGUUGGUUUCCCCUCCUCUUCCUCACGCUCAAAAGGAAGCGGUCCUCUUCCUCGCGCGCAUCUAGGCAAACUUGUGGGUCUUCCUGCUGGAAUGUUCAGUAAACAAAAAAUCUGAGAAUGAUGCGUGGAUGCGGGAGGGAGGGAGGGGUAGGGGGGUAUUGGGGGGCUGCGAGAUUGAAGGACAAUAAACGGUUUCCUUUGGAGAAGGGAAUUCUGGGUAAGGAUUGUAAUCAGAAAGGGUCCCCCUAUCGGUAGUGUAUUGGCUGCCAGUACGGGGAGGGGAGGCAGGCUGUUUUGAGUACUUUGUUUCUCGAAACAGCACUGUGUACAGGGUCUACAGGGUAUAUUUUUGAUACCUUUGGCAAAUGGCGCCGGAUGCUUUGCGCAAGGAAGGACUUUAAAACAGUGUUAUAUGCUGCUUUUCGGUCUCCACUCCUGUACAAAGAGGUUCUAUGUUCGUUGCAAGCUUUGCAGAGUUUGUUCAUUGUUUGGAAAUUGUCAAGAAGUUAACAGAAGGAAAUUCUGUAAUUCAGUAGAAUGUAUUAACUCGGGGGGGCGGGCGUUGUUUUUGUUUGUUUGGGGAUUUUCUUACAGUCACAGCUGCUGGCCGCUUAUUGCAAACACUUCUCCUUAGUAACACUCUGUUGUGGGGAUAACAUCAGUUCUGAACUAUUCUUGUCUCGUUCAGGAGACUAGCAAGAAAACAAUUUUCUGAACCUUCCACAGGGUCCCAUUUUUCUCUAUUUGUGGGAGAUUAUUAAUUUUUUCCCCUAAUUCAUUAAAUGAUGAUGUCAGGUGUCUAACCACAUGAGCAUGGACACUAUUCAAAGAAUAACAUUCCCCCCCCCACACACACACACGCACACACUCUUGCUUAUUUUUUUCCUCCAUGCUGGAAUAUAGAAAGGGUGGUUAUAAAAAAGUGUUAAACGUUUUUCACGUAAGCACACGAGAGAGAAAAGACCUAGUCAGCAAUUUAUCUGCCAGAUCAGGUCUGAUCUGUCACUCAUUAAUUUGACAUCCUGGAAAGCAGUAACGUCACACGUUGCGGGUGUUGUGAUGUGAGUGUGCGGUGCUUGUUUCCAGGCCGAUUUUUACUUUAAAGCAGAGGCGUAUCGGGGGAGAUGGUGCCUGGGGACAACCCCUGCCCCGGGCGCCCCCCUUACCCCCUCUCGGGGGUGGGGGAGGCUCCAACAGGGACCAUGGUGCAGGGAAGGCGGGGGUGAUUUUGUGCUCCCCCACCAUUGCGCCUGGGCACAUUUGACCCCCUCUUGUCCCCUUGCAGAUACGCCACUGCUUUAAAGCAAAAAACCUCUGGACUCUUGGCUUUUUUCUGCUUCUUGCACACAUUUUCUAGGUGGGUUUGUUUUAUUCUUUUACCUUGUUACGCGUUGCAUGUUGCACGGAGCUCGUUACUGUAUCGAAAGGCACACACGAUGGUUUGAAGUUUAAACCUCAAGAGCACUACUUUGUUCCGUGUUUGAGAAAACGUGAUGCUUGCGUUUGAGAAGGUGCACCCCUAGGUCCUCUGCGGGAAGGGUUCCCAUUCUUACCUGCAAUUUUCCCAGUCUUAAAACAGUUUCCCCAACAAAACUGCAAGCGAAUGUCAUUCCUGCACCUUGAAUUUGUACAUCCUUUGAUCAGGCAAUUGGCAAAUGGUGGUGGGUGAAGAUUCCACUUAAUGCGGUUCUGUCGGGCAGUUCCGUAGGAGCGCACGAGGCGCAUUUCCCAGCGGCAGCUUCCUCUUUGCAAAUCAGAGUCUUUCCUUAAGCAUAACCACCAGUGGUGUAGCUAGGGGCCAGGGAGGGGUUAAAGCCCUGGGGAUCACUUCCUAGGGGUGUACAUCAGGGCAGCGCCCCCCCUUGCCACUGCACCCCUCACAAACUCCAAAGCGGGACGCAGCUGUGGGGUGGGUACGCGGCACCUGGGGUAAGCCCCAAGCACCAAUUUACUAAGAUAUGCCCCCCCCCCCCCCGAUAAACAUAGCUUUAAACAUCUAGCUCACAGGUUGCAGACCCCUGGCUUAGAACAUUCUCUUUAGAAUGGUAGACGCGAGCAUCUCCAGCAUGGCCGAUCUUCA